AUGAACUCCUCAUCCUAUAACUAUAAUGUGUCGAGCGGUCUGAGUUAUCGAGACUCUUUGAGCACAGCUGUAGCCAAAAAUGUGAUUGUUCUGGCUCUUGGCCUUACCAUCAACUAUAUCAAUGGUACACUGAUUCAUACCUUCAGAAAACACCAGGUGUUUUAUGUGAAUCCUCGUUACAUCCUAUUCAUCCACCUGGUCUUGAAUGAUAUGAUCCAGCUUACAACAACAAUCAGCCUGUUUGUCUUUAGUUAUGUCUUCUAUAAAAUUAAUACUUCCUUCUGUUGCCUCAUCAUUACCUUUGCUGUCUUCACCACCCUCAACACUCCAUUGAAUUUAGCUGUCAUGGCAGUGGAGUGCUACAUCGCUAUUUGUUUACCACUGCGACACGCUGAUGCAGUUUCAACCCUGCCAGAUGUGUUUAUUGUUGUGGCAACAAAACCUGUUCAGUUAUUUUAUUCCACAAUUUUUUGUGAGAGGGAUAACCUGUUUUCCCACCCAAUAAGUUUAAAAAAGAGGGAUGUUUCCUACAUCAUUUACCUAAUUAUUGUUUGGCUCACGCUCUUCUUUACUUACUUCAAGAUCUUCUUUGCUGCUAAAGAGGCUAAAGAGGCUAAAGAGGCUAAAUCUAGAGAUGGAGAUGCAAAGAAAGCCAGGAAUACAAUCCUGCUUCAUGGCUUUCAGCUACUGUUGUGUAUGCUAACCUAUGUAGCUCAUGAGGUAAUAAAGGGUCUGUUGUACUGGUUCCCUAAACAUUAUGCACAUGUAGUCUUUGUUUCUUAUAUUAUGAUUCAGAUGUUCCCCAGGUUUGUCAGUCCUAUGGUGUACGGGCUACGAGACAAGACAUUUAGACAGCACUUGAAAAAGUAUCUUCUAUGUACAGUGAGACCGAGCAUCAAACCAUGA